AUGGCAAAUAUGUGGGCUGAGACACUUGAACGCAAGGCAAUCUGCAUGAGAGGCUGGAAUGAGAAUACCAGCAUCGACCCAAGUGAUACUCCAGAGAACAUGGCGAAAUUCCUGGCAAGUAUCAGUACCGCUUUGGACUCUUCUCGGCCAGGACAUGAUGAAACGAGUCUUCGUCUAGACCGUGAUACCAGGCCGGAAACAGCAGGCGAGCACGAUCUUGCCCUCAACAUUACUUGUGAAAUUCCUGGACUCCAGCCACUCAAGUGGCCAAUGUUUCUGAAGAAGUUGCCUGCUAUCAACAUAGCCACUAACCUGGUACUUCCACUGCUUCAAGCACACCAUACAAAAAAUCUCGAAAUUGAGUCUCUAGUUCGGAGCCUGGGGAAGAAAGAUGCGAUUCUUACUAAACUUUUGGACAAACUGGAAGCCAUGGGCACAGGCAUGGAACAUGUAUUCAACGCCUUUUCUGGCAAGAAAAAGGUUUCAAGGGCAAUAGCAGCCGAAAAGGUGCCUGGUCUCGCGCCUUUCGACCGCCGACAAUGGAAGAAGGAUCUCGAACACAAACAAGAGAGUCCAGAUAACCCGCAAUCCUUAGUGGAAAGUGUUUUUGAACAAGGAGGACUGGAAUUCGAGCCGAUGUCAAACAGCACCGAGUCACCUUUGCUGGAUCAAUGGUGGAAAGACUUUCAGGGUGUUUCAUCUGCCGGUCGUCAGAAAAAGCCCAAGGCAGCUGUCGUAGACAGUUCAUCGAUGGUGAAUGACAAGGAGAGGUCUGCCUUCGAGGAUGGAGAUGAUGACUUCCAAGUUCAAUCCACACCUCCACAUCUUGCCUCUAAGAGGAAGUCGACCGAUGUAAAAGGAACACUGGCCACGGACGAUGGCUCUACAGAGGGAGAAUCAGCAGGCAGUGUAUCACCCGUUCGAAAUGCAGGAAGGGUGGACAAGCCAGCCCGCCGUCUGGGUGCACUGGGUCGAAAGAAGCAGUCGACUCCACCUCGAGCCCCUGAUCCUGUACCAUCUCAGAGCGCGUCACUUCCAGUGCCUCAGCAGAAAGACGAUUCGGAGACAGCAUCCGAAGGGGAGGAGGAGGACACAGCGGUAUCACCUCCAGCGAAAGACCCAACACCGCCCCCUGUUUCCCCAGCGCGGCCUGCGGCAAAGAAGAGCGGCCUUGGACGUAUCGGAGGUAGCAAGUCAAAACAGUCGGCUGGAACAAACGCUGCACUUAUUGACCUGGAGGCGACUGAACCCACGGAACCCAGCACAGCGGCAGUCUCCCGUCGCCCUGCCAGGAAGUUGGGUGCUAUUGGGAGACAGAAGGCCGAUGUGGAAGAUCCAGCGUCAAAUUCUAACGAAGACGUUCAAAGAGGCCGAUCUGCUGCAAAGGAUGCCAUCCCGGAGCCCACAGUAAGAGAGACUUCGCAGGAGAGGGCUGAUAGACGACGAGAGGAACUCAAAAAGGAACUGGAAAAGAAGGCGGCAGCUGGUCCCGCGAAGAAGAAACGAAGAUUUUAA